UAAAGCAAGCUGUACAAGAUGCCGUGUGAUUGUUCGCACCAGCUUCACUACAUCACGUAUUAGAAGCCGAAAUCUGAGGACUUUCGGAUGCCCAGUAAAUCGAGAAGUUGUGUACUCUGAACUGUUGCGGAGGCGAAUGAAUGUCAACUCACUUAUAACCUUCCUCAACUUUCUCGUUAUACAAAUGUACUUAGUACUGUUCGCGACAUUAUGCGGUGGCAAAAAGAAGCCGGAUAAACCAGAAGCUAAGCCAAAGGCCGAGGACUCAAAAGAUUCAAAGCCAGCGCCACCAUCAGAACCUGCUCAAAAGAAAGAAGAGGGCAAACCUGAAGCAUCGAAAGAUGCAGAGAAUAAGACUCAACCGCCAGAAGAAAAGAAGGAGGAAAAGAAGGAAGAGUCGAACGAAAAGAAAGGUGAGGAUAAAGAGAAGAAAGAAGUUCCGGUAGCCCCAACACAGCAAUCCGCUGAGCCGGCACCGCAGCAGCCGUCGGCCGAACAGCCAAAGAAAACGCAAUUGUCGGAUGAGGAGAAACAGGAGAAGAAAGAAGAAAAGCCAGAGGCCAAAUAAUUGCACAUUCUGACAAACAAGUCUUAAGAAAGGAAUUGCUUUAGCAGUUCAAUUAAGAUAAAGUAUGACUG